AACCUAGUAACUUGAACCUCCUUGUUUGAAAGAAAAAAAAUCUAAAUCUUCCUCUCUGCUCCCAAAAUCUUGUAACAUUUCUGAUUCUUCCAUUCUACUUUUCUUAUUGUAUCUUCUUCUCAAUUUCUAAGUCUCGUGUUUCUUUACCCAAGAGUUCUUCAAGUUUGAGCCAUAUCUGCUCAGAUUAUAGUCUAACCCAUUUCUAAUAUUUUCAUUUUGAGGUCUUUUCUUGCUAGUUUUUCACAAUUUUUGAUUUCUUUUCGCAAGGAAAAGGGAGAUUUUUUAGUGCCCUGUUUUCCUUUUUUUUAUAUUAUUUUCUUACUCUUAAACCCUCUUUCUGUUUCCUCUGUUUUCAUUGAAUACUUCACCAAAAAGAAGAAAGAAAUGGAAGGAAUUCGAGAAAAUAGUCCGUCUUUUUCAUUCAGUGAAGGUGCUGAUAUCCGGUCUUCGCUCUCUCAACUGAUAUUAACUGGAGGGACCAACACGAUCGACUCAAUUUUCUCUCACUGUCCACCAACACCCACCAUCACCGGCCCUGUCCCUGAGCCAUUAGGCUCUUCGGUUUACCUUCGCCAGAGAGAUAUUCUCCAGAAAUUCUCUGAAGAAAACAGAACGAAAACCAACCCGCUCACGUUUAAUUCGCUCAACAACCAGCCACUUCAGAACUUUGCAUACUCUGUCAGCACUACUUACAUAGCUCCGACAAAGAAGAAGCUAUACAGAGGAGUGAGGCAGAGACAUUGGGGCAAAUGGGUAGCUGAAAUUAGACUUCCUCAAAACAGAAUGAGAGUGUGGCUAGGCACUUAUGAAACAGCUGAAGCAGCCGCUUAUGCCUAUGAUCGUGCGGCUUAUAAACUUAGAGGAGAAUACGCAAGGUUGAAUUUUCCAAACAUGAAAGAUCCAAGCAAGUUAGGAUUUGUAGAUUGUACGAGAUUUAAUGCCUUAAAGAGCUCAGUUGACGCCAAGAUUCAAGCAAUCUGUCAAAGGGUGAAAAAGGAGAGAGCUAAAAAGAAUACGAAGAAAAGCGGUUGCAACGUUGAGGCUAAAAGCGGAGCCACUGAGAAUGAGAAAGUAGAGAAAGUAGUUGAUUCAUGUUCAUCUUCUUCAACUAUGUCGCCUUUGAUCAAUUGGGAUGGUGAAUUGGUUUCACCAACUGUUUCUGAAGAUGGGUUUUGGAAGAGUGAAAAUUCUCAGCCAUCAGUUUCCACAGAAUAUCCCACCAUGUUCGCUGAGGAAUCAGGAUUUGAAGGCUGCUCGCUGGCAAGAUUGCCAUCAUACGACCCUGAGUUGAUUUGGGAGGUUCUUGCUAAUUAGAAGAGUAUUAUUAUUAUUUAUUUUCUCAAUUCCCAAUUGUCAGUAAUAAUUCUGAUUACUAUGUAAUAUGUUAGGUGUAAGUGUAAAUGGUGAUUUUGAUGUUGCAGGUAGGUUUAUUUGGCCUUAAUUUUUUUUUAUUAAAAGGCAUAUCUUUUUAUACUAGUUACACUUUAAGCACCAAACUGAAGUUAUAA